GAUAGAAAACCAUGUAUGUAAGCUUGGCCCUCGCUGCAACUUUUGACUUGUUGCUCACCACAAACAAGUCAAUCAUUGAUUUACUAUAUAAGCUGCCCUUGUUCGUGCAAAGUAGUUGAAACUCGGUGGGAGCUUAGAACCUUUUCUUGCACGAGAAAAUGGAUUCUUCACUCACUGAUCAGCAGCAAGACAAGUACCGUUCUUACUUGCAUGGAGAAGGUGAAAAGAAUACCAACUGGAAGCUUGGUGCUCCUCCAAACUAUGACACUGUUAACAAGCUCUUUGAAGAAGGCCGAACCAAGAUAUGGCCUCCUGCAUCACUAGAAGAGAAGGUCCAGAACCUUGUGAAGACAUGGGAAAUGGAAAUGUUCAAUAAAAUAUCCUUCCCUGACUACAAAUCAGUGAAACUACAGAAUUAUACAGUCAGCGUGAAUGUCAUAAUAUUUUUAGGGAGGAAACCUUUGAGUUUAGAAGAGAAUAGGAAGCUGGGAGGAGGCUAUAAUUCCUUUAUGCAAACCUCCUUACCAGAGGACCUGAGGGGCUAUAAUCCAGCACAAGAAACUGAACACUCCUCACAUCUUGCCUUCACAACAGCUUUCCCAAGAGGAUUUGCUUUGGAAGUUAUCCAAGUCUACUCUGGCCCGCCAUCGAUUGUGUAUAAGUUCAGGCACUGGGGGUAUAAGGAAGGUCCUUUCAAAGGCCAUGCCCCUACUGGGGAACUUGUUCAACUUUAUGGAAUAUCAAUUUUUGAGGUUGACGAUGAGAUGAAAAUCUUGAAGGUGGAGUUCUUUUUUGAUCGUGGGGAGCUGCUUGGAGGUCUUAUGAAAGGUGAUAAAUUGACUAGUGGAACUGACCAAGCGGCUUUGAGCUGCCCAUUCUUGAGGAACACAGGGUAGCCUAGCUUUGAUGGGUAUGCAUGAAUUGCAGCGUUUAGCUUUGAUGGGAAUGCAUGAAUUUUAGUGUUUGAGAAAUAAAACUGAUGGAUCAUUACAUAAUAUAGAAUAGUGAUCUUCCAUUUACUUCUUCUGAUUCACUUAUGCCUGCCAUCUAUAUGUAUCUGUAGAAAUUGAGAUGUACAAGCACAAGAGCAUAACAUGGCCUGGUUGUAUUUUUCAGGACGAAUAUAGUUUUGGUUUCUACAUAUUGAUUCUUGUUGAAAAA